UGUCUCACAAUCGUUAGAGACGACUGUGGUGCCAGUCCAGUAAGGAUCCAAGGGUGUGAGAGCGCAGCCCCGUCGCCGCUGUGGGUGUGUCCCCCUGGUGACCAUCGUGUGCACAUCCUCGAUAACAGUCUAAUACAGUGCUGCCACGGCGGCGACUUCUGCAACAGCCACCUGUUACCAACGCGCCCUGGCGGCUGUCUCACGCCAGGGAGUGACGUCCGGCAAGCCGAGAACACCAUCUCUCUCACUGUGCAGAUAGUAGCGCCCCUCGUGGCCAUGGUACUUGUUCUGAUAGGAUUUCUUUACAUGAUGAUACGAUUUCACAAGAAUCAGCUGACGCGGUAUUCAGCCGCUAGAAGCGUGGACCGCGGCGAUCCGGCGCCGCCUGGUGGCGAUUACGUGACGCGGCAGAUCAGCGAGCUGUCGUCAGGCAGCGGCGUCGGCGUGGCGCUGCUCGUGCAGCGCACCAUCGGCCGCGACAUCCGCCUCAUCCGACGCAUCGGCCAAGGUCGUUUCUGCGAGGUAUGGCGAGGGGAGUGUCGCUGGGGCGACGUGGCCGUAAAGAUCUACGCGUCACGUGACGAGGGCGCGUGGAGUCGCGAGGAAGGGGUCUACGAGGCAGCGUUACUACAACAUGACAACGUCGUCCGUUACAUGGGAUCGGAUCUCGUGAGCGUGGAUGGCUGCACGCAGUACUGGCUGCUGCUGCAGUACCACGGCUUAGGCUCGCUCUACGACUUCCUCAUGGUGAAUAUCGUGGAUGCCGCAGCGCUGCUUCGUUUCAUGUGCUCGGCUGCCAGCGGUCUCACGCACCUUCACACACGACUCCACGGCAUACAUGGAAAGCUGGCCGUCGCUCACCGAGACCUGAAAUCCAGGAACAUCUUAGUGAAGGACAACGGUCAAUGUUGCAUAGCAGACUUUGGUCUGUCCAUUCUACAGCGAGCCAACGGUAGCUUGGACAUCGACGACAACGUUAAAGUCGGAACUAAGAGGUUAGCAGAAACAUGUUCUUAA